AUGGCUUAUCAGAAAAUCGCACUUCUCGGGAAAGGAAACCUCGGUUCCGCCAUCCUCGAGCAACUCGUCAGUCACCAGUUCUCAGUCACAGUUCUCAGCCGUGAUCCGUCCAAGCUUGAAAAUGUACCUUCUGGCGUAGAAGUCAAAAAAGUCGACUACACCUCUUCGCAGAGUCUCAUUGACGCCCUGAAAGGCCACGACGUCGCCCUAUCCACAAUCGCAUACAGUUCCAUCCCGCUGCAAAAGGAAAUCAUUGACGCUUGCAUCGCUGCUGGUAUCAAGCGCUUCAUCCCUUCCGACUUUAGCGGCAUUUCGACAGAUCCCAAGGCCGCCAAUCUCCCGCCAUAUGUGCCAAUGGUCGCAAUCCACGACUAUCUCAAGGCCAAGGCUGAAUCCGACGGACUCGAGUACACGAUCUUCUCUAUCGGCGCGUUUCUGGAGUUUAUCCUGGAUACCCCUUUCUUCGUGGACUGGCCAAACCGGUCGGUUGAGCUUUUUGAUGACGGGACGCGCGAGUUCAGCUGUACUAGUGUUUCUGGUAUUGGCAAGGCGGUGGCUGGGAGUUUGAAAAAGCCAGAGGAAACGAAGAACAAGAAUGUGUUUAUUCACGAGGCUGUCCUGUCACAGGUUAAGCUGCUUGAGCUUGCUAAGAAGCAUGGUGGUGGUGAGUGGACAGAGAAGAAGUUGGACGCGGCGGAUGAGUUGGCCAAGGCGAUUAAAAAGGUUGAAGAUGAAGGCACCACGGAUCCUUUUGUCAUGCUUCCGUUGGUCAAGGCUUGCUUGAUGGCUGGCAAGUAUACUGCUUCGUAUCCCAAGGUGGAUAAUGAAGUUUUGGGCUUGUCUCUGUUGAGUGAGAAGGAGUUGGAAGACAGGGUGGCUGCAAAGGUCAAGGCUUGA